AGUCCGCCGCCUGUGAAGUGAAGUCGGUUACGGCACAUGGUGUUCCAAGUUUGAAGGCUCUAAAUUACCAUCGCUACGGAGAUUAAACCACGAUCUCCCCAAGGAUCUAUUCUACACACUGAACUCGCUGCUCUUCAUUUUGCCCAGCCGCAAAAUGUCGCUUAAAAAAGACGAUGUAGGUGAUGUAACGGAGCUACUUGCGAAAACGAAGGUCGCACAAGUCAACUUGAUCAGUUUCAAAGGAGAAAGCCUCAAACUUAACAGUGCCGAAGAUGCUGCAAAAAUCUGUGAAGCAAUCAAAAACUGCAAGGAUAUGCAAGCACUUUGUCUGGAAGGAAACACGAUUGGUGUAGAGGCAGCAAAAGCCAUUGCUGAAGCUUUGUCAAAGAGACCUGAAUUUGAGAGAGCACUAUGGAGUGAUAUGUUCACAGGCCGUGUACGAGCAGAGAUUCCACCAGCUAUGGAAGCUCUCAGUGAUGCUGUCAUCUCUGCCGGCACCAGACUUGUUGAGCUGGACUUGAGUGAUAAUGCAUUUGGUCCUGAUGGAGUUAAGGCCUGCGUCAAACUCCUGACAAGUCCAGCAUGUUAUAGUCUCAAGAUACUCAGGUUUAACAACAAUGGACUGGGCGUUGGUGGCGGAAAAUUACUAUCAGGUGCUUUACUUGAUAACCACAAGUCCAGCACAGCAGCUGGAACUCCACUCAAGCUUGAAGUAUUCAUCUCUGGCAGAAACAGACUUGAAAACCCAGGCUCUAAAUGCCUUGCUGAAGCAUUCAAGACUAUUGGUACCCUUGUUGAAGUACAAAUGCCACAGAAUGGCAUUCAGCAUGAGGGUAUAACAGCUUUGGCUGAGUCAUUCAGGUCAAAUCCAAACUUGAAGAUCAUUAAUCUAAAUGAUAACAUCUUUACUGAGAAAGGAGCUACUUCAAUGGCCAAGGUGCUUCCUACAUUAAAUAAUGUUGAGGUCAUCAACUUUGGAGACUGCUUGGUGAAGUCUGCCGGAGCUGUUGCACUUGCAGAGGCCUGUUGUACCUCAUUACCAAACCUAAAGGAACUUAUCCUGUCAUUCGAUGAAAUCAAGAAAGAUGCAGCUCUAACUGUCGCCAAGUCUGUGCAAAACAAGGCAGAUUUCAAAAAACUUGAUCUAAAUGGGAACUGCCUGGGUGAUGAGGGUGUUGAGGAGCUUAAGGCGUUCAUGAAGGCAACUCCAGACAUUCUCAGUAGCCUGAGUGAUGACGAAGGUGAUGAGGAUGAUGACGAUGAAGAUCAAGAUCUUGAGGAUCUCGGGAAUGAGGACAGCGAAGGUGAAGAAGUUGAUGACCUUGCUUUGUCUGUCGAAGGUGUCAGCAUAAAACCAAAGUCACCUCUACUUGGAGGUGAUUCAGAAUUAGAAGCACAAUUAACCAAGGAGCCAAGUCCGGAGGAUGUAUCAAGCUUCCUCUCAUCUCCGUCUUUGAAGACAUUCAAGGCAUUACCUGGCAGUCAGGCUUAUAAGCUUAUGACUAAAAUCCUUAUGGAGGAGAGCUACAAAAGCUAUAAGCUUGGCCGUUGCUUUGUUAAGGUGACGGCAAGUCUUGAGGAAGAUAUGGACGCCAUUAAAAUCUGUACAGAUGCUAUACUAGGAACAGCUCUUUGUUCAUCAACCUUCGACGAAAAGGAGCUCGCCACUGCUAUAUUAGUACGGCUUGGAUUUCUCAAGAGUGAAAGCAAAGAAGAGCCAGUGCAAAAGCUCGCUGGCCCCCUGGUGGGUCUCCAGCACGCCGCCCAGCAAAAAUACUUCACCAAGUCGCUCGCUGCUUACUUUAUCGCGUUCCUUUCAAGACCAAGUAACAAACUAGAACAUCACUCAAGCAUAAGACAUGGACUCCUUCAGGCUCUGUAUCAGGUUUGAGUGGUCCUGGAAACCGGAUGUGGAAAUCGGUUUCUUAAUGAACGCUUUAGCGUCUUGAUGUCUGUUGACGCAAUUUGGGUGACAGGAAGUGUGAAAGGCACACCCUUUCGAUUGUAACUGUAAAAGUCUGAAAAGCAUGUCCCUGCCAGAGCCUGUAGCUUUCUACCUCAAUUUGUCAAUAUGAUAUCUUCUGAGCCUUACAAUGUUACCCC